AUGUUUGCAUACGAAACCGCAGCUGGCAGUUGCGCAACGCUAAGGCAGGACAUGCUCCAAGCGCCGAUGCUGCCGCCGGAUCGGAAGCGCGCAGGGCUGCAGAGCAAGGUCGGUGUGGAGUGUGGCAAGUUCCCCAAUCCCCGAGACGCGGAGGAGCAGCUGCGGGGCGUAGCGCUGCAGCCCUUCGUGCAACUGCUGCUGGCCAAGGAGGAGGAAGACCGCCAGGCGGCUUUGGAGCAGCUGGGGGACCGGCUUGAGGCCGCCUACAGCGCGCAGAGGUGGCGCUGGGCCCACGCCGCCGUGCUGACAAGGGCCGGUCGGGGCUUACCAACUACGGAGGAGCCAGGACACCUCGCCAUUGUUCCCCUCUUCGACUUUGCGAACACUGCAGAGGAGCCUAGCGCCAGCUGCAGACUCUGCGGUGACUUUAUCGAGCUGGUGACUUCCAGGGACUUAAAGGCCGGGGAGGAAGUCACGAUCAGCUAUGGCGAGCAGAGCCAGGAGCAGCAGCUCUUCACCUUCGGCUUCUUCCUCGACGGCUCGCCCCUGGAGAUCCUCACGCCGCUGGCCAUGGUAGCGCCUCCAGAGGACGAGCUACGGAACGUGCUUCUGAGGCUCCACUUCCUGGAGCGUCAUGAGGCGGCCAAUCCGGCUUUGCCUGACUUGCCACCCUUUGCAGUGCUCCGCCUCGACAGGGCUGGGUGGCUGGACCUCUCCGAGCUCUACGUCACCAGCAACCUGCUGGCGAUGCCGGAGUCGGAGCUGCGUGACAUUGCAGAGCACGUGAAGCAGACUCACACGCUUCCAGAGCGCGUGCGCAUGCCAUCCUUGACGGCCCUGCGGCACCUGGUGGCGGUGCUGGCCCAGUGGCACGAGGAGCUCUCGGCGCCAGCGCCCAAGGCGAAGGAGCCCCGGUUCGCGGCCACCCGCGCGUAUCGCCGCAAGUGCCGAGAGCUGGUGGCUCAAGCGCUGCAGCGCGUGCGGAAGGAAGAGGUGCGAGUGGGGCUCCGAAAUUUCUGCUCCGAUUGA